AUGUCUGCUUUUGAUCUGACGAACCAGAGCAUGCAGCGUACAGAUCCUGAGAUAGAAUAUAUCACCCCACGGAUAAAACUGAGGGAUGAGGUGUUUGUCUUUGUGGAUGGUAAAUGGGUGAAUGAGAUCUACUGCCAGCCAUCCUUCGCUUCCCACCGGAAAGUCUUCAGCAAGAAGGCACAGAAUGAGUGGAGCAUCUGGGAGGAGAACAGAGCGCUCUGGGAGGAAAACCAGGUCCUCCAGCUCGAAAACAGGAUGCUCUGGGAAGAAAACAGGGCUCUGCAAUGUCUCCAGUCACAGAACAAAGCUGUCCAGGUUAUUUACACUGAUGCCAUUCAGCAAAGCCUCCCGAAGGAAAACAAGCCAUUCCCAUUCUUCCAAGAGAGGAACACAUGCUUUCAGGUCAGCCCAGGCAACAAAGCUCUCCGGGCGGUCCAGGAAAAGAAUAGAGUCUUAGAGGAUUUCCAGCAGGAGAAUGAAACAGUCCCCAUCAUCUGGAAAGACCAACAAGCCACCACAGUCCAUGAAGAGAGCAAAGAUGCCAGCUCAGAUCUCCAGAAGGAUGCUGACACCGUCGCAGUUGUGGAAGAAGGUAACCCUGGCCCAGCGCCCCAGCAGGAACAUGAAGCUAAAGAGAAGAGCACCACUCCAACCCAGAAUAAGAUCAAGUCUGCCCAAAGCACGCAGGGUGAGUAUGAAAUCCUCUGGGCUCUCCAAGAUUUAUAUGAACUCCUCCACGUCUUCCUGAAAGUGAACCAUCUCCUUGGGGAGAAGCAGGGCUGUCACGUUCUCUAUGAUGUGAACAGAUCCUUCCAAGAAGAUCACAACAAAAUGAAGAUGCAGCUGAAUGCCAUUAAAAACACCGUGUCAGACAUUACGGCUCAAAUGGAAAUGCUGGAAAAGGAGCUCAUCGCCAUCACUUCCCCAAUGUAUGAAGCAGCAGGACAGAAGCUGGCAACUGAGCAUCAGCUUGGAGAAAUGUGA